AUGGCAGACGAGUUCUACAUGGGUGUUUGGAUCAAUGGCGAAUAUGAGGACAACAUUGACUCGUUCUUGGCGCACCGUAUCCCUUGCUUCAUAUCCCAUAAGCUGAGGGGAGACGAGUUAGACCGCCUGUUCGAUGCGGGGUACGGGCGGAGAGACACUACGUUCGUUCAGGGCACCCCCAUCGAAAAAUUGAGUCACCCCCACAAUCGAGUUGAAGCAUUCCUACGUAAGCAGCAGGUGAUAAUCAUGGAAUCCGACAACGAUGACAAUAUAGCAACCAAAGAACCCUCUGACCCGCCGGAAUCCCUAGCUGCUUCAUUCUCGCUGAUCCACAGAGAAUGGUCGAGAGGGGGUCCGGCUCCUAUCGCGUAUAUCGCAAGCCCUCCGGCAGGCCAAACUGUUCAGCCAGCCUCAACCUCGACUUCCUCCCCUUUCUCGGACCUCGACUUUUCCAACUGUGGGGCCGAACCUCUUGACAUGGUGGAGAUCGAUCCGCGUCGAGUAGCUUGGAUCCGUCCCCCCCCCGUUAUGCGUCCCAUAGGAGGGAAAUGGGCAAAGUGGGCAGAGAAAAACGUGGACGGAGAAUUAUUCGUGGCCAAAGUGGGAAAGUCUUAUAGAGACUUUGAUGGAGUAUCCUAUUUCGACCGCUCGUGUAACCGUGAGGUCAUCUUGCUGAGCGCUGCGCAAAUACUCCCCGGGGCUGUCUCAAAGCCUGAAGUCUUUGGACUCCCCUGUCCUAGAUAUUUGCAUUUCGUCGAAACCCCCCAGAACAAAGCGCUGCGCCCCGCCAAGGCUUCCGCCUGGCUGUACCUGACCAAAGACCUGAUCCCCACAGAUGUAGGGCUACGAGCGGGGCACCCAGAAGCGGAAGAUCUACCGCUCAAGGACGAAUUCAGAGCGGAACCUUCAAAUCGACCACCGUCACCGCCACCUAGUCCAGGCAAUCCCCCAGGCAAUCCACUCCCUCCACUGCCAUUGAUGACUGAUCCUUUCAAUUCACCAGAACACAUGGGCGUUCCUGACAGUGAGCGCCCCAUCUCUCCAGUGGACUCCCUGAUGGGAGCUCCACCAGAGGUGGACUGGGAACUGGAUUCAGACGAACCUAUGGGACCUCAGAUCCCGGCUAGGUCCCUCGAGGAUUUCGAGAUGGAAGCUGUGGAUUUGGGAGAUGUUCCCUCGCCCCCUCGAAGUCCAGCGUCACAGUCGCCGAUUCAACCGUUCAGUGAGACGUUGGCUAGUCCGCCGCGUCCCAUGGCAACCCCGAUACCCCUCCGCCACCAGUCUAUUAUGAGUCCUCCAGCUCCCCCCUCUGCUCCUGAGCCCUCGCGUCAGAGCCCUCCUCGUCGUAGUAGUCGUAAACAUGCUCGCCAGCGUUCCCCCUCCCCUCCUCCGAGACGGAGAGGCGAUAGCUAUCGCCCGAGACCUCCCUCAUAUUCGAGAGGAAUCAACCGUUCCAACCCGUGGUCGACCACUGCCGCUACAAAUAUGUGGCCUGUCCCUAGCGAUCUUCAGAACCCUUGGGCUCAAACGUCGGGAACCAAUGCGUGGUCAGCUCCCAACACCUUCUCUGCAGGGCCGACUCCUCCUCCCUGGGGGGCAUCUCCAGGAUACAUGCCCUGGGGUACCAACCCAACGACCAUGGCUCCUUGGUCGGUCCACUACCCAGGGUACUAUCCCUCAGAGCAUGUUCAUAUGCCAAGCUGGCCACCUUUCGGAUUCCCACCAGUGCCGGCUCACAGCUGUCCUUCAUGCCACAACUGCGCCUCAUGCGGUCGCCCCUCUGUACAAGCUAGUGACGAUAAUCUUCGCGAGCCCCCUCCCGACACGGUUGCGCCAUCGUUGCUGGGUCGCUUACGUUCACCAUCGGGUGGGGGUCCCUCUCAAGCCCCCUCCAUCACGCCGCCGAUACCAUCCCUCUCUUUGGCACAACGUUUGCGGAACCCUGCCACCUUAGCCGAUCGUUUGCAACCGCCUACUUCAUUGACUCAGCGAAUACAACCGCCCUCUGAUUUCGUCCAAGGGUCCUCCUCCCAACCUCUACAGAGCUCUUUACCCUUUUUACCAGCCGUGGCAUCCACUGGCCGCGCACACCGUAGUCGCAGAGCAGGCCGAGCACAAAAGGAGGAAGACGAUAGGCGAGCAAAAGAAGGCAAACCACCAUCAGGCAAAGGGAAACGGAGGGAUCGGAGGUAA